AUGUUAAGUUAUAGUGGUGAAUUAUACAAUAAAGAGGGUUUAAUAAAUGGAAAUUAGACAGUUUUGAGUGAUAAAUUUUUGGAUAAUUCCUAAGUCACUCAUAGUGGUGAAUAUAAAAUGGUAAACAAGUCUGUAUUGGGGUAUUUUUGCAACAGGUAGUUUUCCUGGGUUAUAAUAUUUGUAGAUUUCAAUCUAAAUCAAUUUAUUGGUGGCGGUGAAUCAUAUUAUGAUGAAGGCUCGAUGAAAAAUGUCACUUACUAUAAUCAUUAUAAAUAUGGUGGCAGAUGGAAAUUUUGCAAAGGAAAAAUGGUAGUGACCCUAUUGAAUAUAAGUAAAUUUAAAAAUAGCUAAUAUAUCAGUAAUGGAGGAUUAUGUGAUGAAAGAGAAUAAAUUAAGAUCGGGAAAAUUUGA